AUGGGGAUGUCACACAUUUUCACAAAUACAACUUCUACCACUACUACAAAACCUACCUUUACUGUUCCCAAUCCACUUGUAACCAAAGCUCCUUUUACAACCGAACCUACUUUGACAACUGAACCUCCACCUUCUUUAAAACCCUUAUCCCCAACACCAUCUACUGAAACAACCCCUAUUUUAGGCGGUGAGGACUUGGAAUUCGAUUCCACAUAUUUCAGUCCUUAUCGCGUACAGAGUGAGGAUGAUGACGAUGAGCCUAUCACCAAACGUCAUCUCAAGGCAGUAAACGACAAGCUUGAUCAACUGCUUUCCUCCUCUUCCACUGGAGCUUAUUCAGACACUACAUUAAAAGCCUUGUUCUCUGCGGUCGUUGCUGAACAUAGUGCCUCUUUAUCUGCUGUAGCCAAGGCUAUUGAAGCCUCCACUUCCCAAUGUCAACAGGCUUCUCUUGCUGCUGCUGCUGCCAAGAAUGCUGAAACUGUCAACAUUUCAGUAGAGACUCUUCAAAAGAUUCUUCAAUCAGAGUGCUCCAACAUUGCAGCGGCACGCCAUGCCAUUGAAGAAGCCAAUGAAUCGCUCUAUGCUAGUGUCAACGAACGCUUAACUCAAUUGGAAGCGGACUUAGCUAUGGAAAAUCGGCUUAUGGACGAGCUUGACAGACGUACAGCCCAGCUUAAACUGCAAACACACAAGCCGCGUACUGCUAAUGCAGAGAUUAAUGACCUCAAGUUAGAAAGGGAGGUUAUCCGGAGUUCUGUUGCAGAUGUUCACUCCAUCCUUCUUCAUCUCAUUGAGGCUAAUGAUCCGCUUAUCACUAUCACUGUCAGAAGGCAUUAG